UUUGUGUGAGGCAUGUACCGAGCCUACCAGCCUCUCCUACCAGCAACCAACAGGUACCUGCAGGAGAAAUGGGACAAAGCCAGUUAUCAGGAGCACUGCAGGAAGGUGGAACUAGCAGUUCCUGUGGUCAACACAAAAGCCCCACCUACACCUUUGCAUCUUCAGGUGAAUUUGAAGAAACUCCAGCUGGAAAGAGAGCGCCAAGCUGUUUGGGACCAGGAAAACCGCUCACAUUCUGCCAAACUUUGGCGCAUCAAGCAGUCGCCGGGACGGGUGGACAACUGGAACUUCUAUUGCAUUCACAGCUUGAAUUGGGGCAAGCGGCAGCGUGAUCUUGCACGCAUCUACUGGGAGAACCAAGAGCUGGCGAAGCGUCUGGAAGGAAGGAGGUCAGAACUUGCUCAGGAACACUGGCAGCAAGACUGGCACAAGGAGCAGCUAAUCCGUAGCAGCAUUGCCCGCUACCCCCGUGAGACGGUGAGCUGCCAGGCAAGGAAUGGGAGAAGGAGGCAGGCAUGCGAGAACAACCAUAUUCCCCUUUCGGCCUCUGGCAGGAGAAACCCCAGCAGAACCCGUGAACCUUUCAGCAGCAAGAAUCACAGCAGAAUGGGCAAGAGCUUUUGGGGAAGUGGGAGUGAGUCCACCCAAGAAGAGGAGAUAACAACCACCACAUGCUCACCUUCCUCUUUGGGAAAAAGAGAUGUGGCCGGGCAACUCAGCAAAGAGACUUCUCUGCUGGCCAAGAUUGCAUCUGGAGGUUUCUGCCCAUAGACAUGUUGAUGGUUCGUUGGUCAGGACGGAUUUGGCAGGGGGAGGUUCUCUUGAAAAGCCCAGAGGUGAAGCAGCAAUGAUCAGCAGCAAACCUCGCACCUCUGUAUGCUUAAGGGGGAACCUCAGACCUUUUGGAGACCAGCCUGAGGCCUGCUUCAGGGGACAUGGAGAAGAAGGCAACAUUUUCAUCCACUAAAAACAUUUAACCUUGCUGUAGAAGGACUGGGAGGGCUCCCUCCUUUGAAGGGAAAGCCAUCCUCUGGGUGUCAGUGCCUGUCGAGUGUCUAUAAGCCACCACUCAGGAAAUCUCUUGAGUGGUGUUGCGGUACAUCAGGUGAGGUACUGAGCAGAUUCUCCAUCUCCUCUGCAAAGCUUUGGUGAAAUUCUUUGGCCCAGGUGCAUGAAAGCAGCUCUGGCCUGUUGCUCAGUGACAGCGCACAUGCUUUGUGUUAAGUAGUGGGUAGACAUAGCAGGCGACACAGCGAUUCUUCAAACAGCUCUUUUUAUUCAG